GCCAGAGAAAAUCCACGACCACCUUGGUUUGAUUUGGAUCCUGUCUCAUUCCUGAUCCGUGUUGUUAUUAAACCACCAAUCUCUGUUGUUCUUUUUCUCCUCUGCAGGUUAACCGACCUGUCGGGUUCUCUCUCAGAUGGUCCAGUUAACUAUAAGUACAAGACCAAAUGCACUUGGCUAAUAGAAGGAUACCCUAAUGCAGCGCUCCGGCUGCGCUUCAAUCACUUUGCCACAGAGUGCAGCUGGGACCACAUGUAUGUCUAUGACGGUGACUCCAUUUAUGCCCCCUUGAUUGGUGUGUUCAGUGGUUUGGUGGUGCCGGAGGCGAAAGAGAAGGAGUCGGUACCCGAGGUGGUGACGACGUCCGGGUAUGCCCUGCUUCACUUCUUCAGUGACGCCGCAUACAACCUGACUGGUUUCAACAUCGCCUACUCGAUAAAUUCCUGUCCCAACAACUGUUCGGGCCACGGCCGGUGCGGCGCGGGGAAUUCAGAGGCGGGCCGCGUGUAUUGCGAAUGUGACGAGUACUGGAAAGGCGAGGCCUGCGCCGUUCCGUACUGCAGGGAUGAUUGUGGCAGCCCAGACCAUGGCUACUGCGACCUGACCGGAGAAAAGCUCUGUGUCUGCAACGACAGCUGGCAAGGUCCUGACUGCACCGUCCCUGUUCCCUCCAUGAGGUCCUUCUGGAUGCUUCCCAGCAUCAAACCGUUGGCUCAGUCCCUGGGCCGGGCCUCCCACCGAGCCCUGGUGCAUUCUGGGUUAAUGUGGGUGGUGGGAGGCUACUCCUUCAACUACUCUAAUUACCACAUGAUGCUCAACUACAACCCGGACACCAGCGUGUGGGACGUGGUGCCAGCCAGCAGCGGACCCCUCUACAGAUAUGGACAUUCUCUGGCUCUCUACCAGGAUUGCAUCUAUAUGUUCGGUGGAAAGCUGGAGACAGGCCCUGCUAACAUCACAGACGAGUUGUGGUUGUUCAACAUCCCCACUCGUAGCUGGUUGCCACAGAAACCAGCUUCAGCACCUCUUUACGCCCUGGAGGGCCACACUGCUCACGUGGUGAUCCUGCCCAACGGCGACCCGGUGAUGUUGGUCUUCUUUGGGUACUCGCCCAUCUACAGCUACUCCAAUAAAGUUCAGGAGUACAACAUCAGGUCAAACUUGUGGCAGGUUAUGUCUGUCGGAGGCGCCGUGGUUCAGGGAGGUUAUGGCCACAGUAGCGUGUAUGACCAGGCCGGUGGCUGUGUGUACAUCCAUGGGGGAUACACGGCGCUGAGCAACAAUAAAUACGGCCUUGUGGACCACAUGUACCGCUACGUCGUCUCCACCAGAACAUGGUUGAUUCUCAGAGAAAGCAGGUUGCCACGGUACCUCCACUCGGCGGUGCUGUUGAGUGGCACAAUGCUGGUGUUUGGAGGAAACACUCACAAUGACACAUCUCUAAGCAACGGAGCCAAGUGCUUUUCUACUGAUUUCUUGGCAUAUGAUAUAGGGGUGGUGGCUGAUGUCAUGAAGUGAGCUAAAGACUAGGAGGCCCUUCCAACCUCAAACACCUGGAGCUCAUCACUAAAGAUAAAUUGUCAGCAAUUAUUAAAAUGCUUUACU